UUGGUCCCAACGUGGGCCAGCUGGUGAUGGCGGCGCUGGUUGCGGCCGAGGCCACAGAGUCCGGCAGCCGAAACGGCCCGGGCAGAGGCCUUGCACUCAUCCUAGGUCGAGCCCCUCGGGGCCGCUUGGCCAAUCAGAUACCCCCUGAGAUCCUGAACAAUCCCCAGCUGCAGGCAGCCAUUCAAGUCCUGCCUUCCAACUAUAACUUUGAGAUUCCCAAGACCAUCUGGAGGAUCCAACAGGCCCAGGCCAAGAAGGUGGCCUUACAAACGCCUGAAGGCCUCCUCCUCUUCGCCUGUACCAUCGUGGAUAUCUUGGAAAGGUUCACGGAGGCCGAAGUGAUGGUGAUGGGUGAUGUGACCUACGGGGCUUGCUGUGUGGAUGACUUUACCGCAAGGGCCCUGGGAGCUGACUUCCUGGUGCACUAUGGCCACAGCUGCCUGGUUCCCAUGGACACCUCGGCCCAAGACUUCCGGGUGCUGUAUGUCUUUGUGGACAUCCGGAUAGACACUGCCCACCUACUGGACUCUAUCCGCCUCACCUUUCCCCCAGCCAGUGCCCUUGCGCUGGUCAGCACCAUUCAGUUUGUGUCAACUUUGCAGGCAGCUGCCCAAGAGCUGAAAGCUGAGUAUCGUGUGAGUGUCCCACAGUGCAAGCCCCUGUCCCCUGGGGAGAUCCUGGGCUGCACGUCCCCCCGUCUACCCAAGGAGGUGGAGGCUAUUGUAUAUCUUGGAGAUGGCCGCUUCCAUCUGGAGUCUGUCAUGAUUGCCAACCCCAAUGUCCCCGCUUAUCGAUACGACCCGUACAGCAAAGUCCUGUCCAGAGAGCACUAUGACUACCAGCGCAUGCAGGCCAACCGCCAAGAAGCCAUAGCCACUGCCCGCUCAGCUAAAUCCUGGGGUCUCAUCCUGGGCACUUUGGGCCGCCAGGGCAGUCCCAAGAUUCUGGAGCACCUGGAAUCUCGGCUCCGGGCCUUGGGACUUCCCUUCGUGAGGCUGCUGCUCUCUGAGAUCUUCCCCAGCAAGCUUAGCCUUCUUCCUGAGGUGGAUGUGUGGGUGCAGGUGGCAUGUCCACGCCUCUCCAUUGACUGGGGCACAGCCUUCCCCAAGCCGCUGCUCACACCCUAUGAGGCGGCAGUGGCCCUGAGGGACAUUUCCUGGCAGCAGCCCUACCCUAUGGACUUCUACGCCGGCAGUUCCUUGGGGCCGUGGACGGUGAACCACGGACGGGAUCGGCUGCUCCAGCACCCGGGCCGGCCGGCGCUGGGGAAGGUAUCAGCUCCAGCUCUGGCCGGGCCGCACCCUCUUUCCGUUGUCAUGGCAACGCCCACUCUCUCUGAGGCCCGCCUCCAGGGUGGUGCCGGCAUUGGGUUCCGUCCCCUUAUGUUCAACUUCCGCUCGGGGAAAGACCGCUUCCGGUCCCUCUGGCGCUUGCCCAGAAUUAUGGCUACGUCUCAGCCUCUGCGGGUCUUGUGUUUGGCCGGUUUUCGGCAGAGCGAGCGGGGCUUCCGCGAGAAGACUGGAGCGCUGCGGAAGGCGCUGCGGGGCCGCGCAGAGCUCGUGUGCCUCAGCGGCCCGCACCCGGUCGCGGACGCAGCGGGCCCUGAGGGCGCCGGGCCAGACCCCGGGCCCUGCCCUCCGGAGGAGCAACCUCGAGGCUGGUGGUUUUCCAAACAGGAGGCAGACGUUUUCUCGGCACUGGAAGAGCCCACGGUGUGCAGAGGUCUGGAGGAAGCCCUGGGAACGGUGGCACAGGCACUGAGCAAGCUGGGGCCUUUCGAUGGGAUCCUUGGUUUCAGCCAGGGGGCCGCGCUAGCAGCCCUUGUGUGUGCCCUUGGCCAAGCCGGCGAUCCCCGCUUCCCUUUGCCCCGGUUUAUCAUCCUGGUAUCUGGUUUCUGUCCCCGGGGCCUUGGCCUCAAGGAAGCCAUCCUGCAGGGCCCCUUGUCACUGCCUUCCCUCCAUGUUUUUGGGGACACCGACCGCGUCAUCCCCUCUCAGGAGAGUAUGCAACUGUGUAGCCGAUUCGCUGGAGCCAUCGCCCUCACCCACUCUGGUGGCCAUUUCAUUCCGGCGGCCGCGCCCCAGCGCCAGGCCUACCUCCAGUUCCUGGACCAGUUUGCAGAGUGAAAAUCAACAAAUGCCUUUGCCUCUGCAUUCCCUCUCCACCCCCCACCCCCUAAUGGGGACACAUGACCUUGAUGCAGCCUCUAUAAUCCCUGUCCUCCCCCUCUUUCCCCUACUGUGAUCUCAAGAGACAAAUAUCAAUACUUAAGACUCAAAUUUUAUAAGCCCAGCUCUGCACUCAAGAAAAAGAGGAUUAGGAGGCCUAAUGGACUUUGACCAUGGCAUCUGAUAUUCAAACAUGAAAAAGGUCGGUGGAGCCCUGGAUGAGUGGAGGGUAACACGAAAAGCAGAGACUGGCAGCACUGUGACUGCCACACAAUAAAGUGGUGAUUUGGAUUUUGA